CCUAGCGCUCCUCCAUUCGCAGCCCUUACUCCCAUCCUGAAUCCUGGUUCUCAGAAACAUCAAAAAGAUGUCUUUAAUCUCUGCAUCAAAACCCCAUAUCUUGAAACACAGCUUCUUCUCUAAUCUCGCAAGAAUUUCCAAUACACAGCAUCCCUUCAAAGCCCUCCGUUUUUUCUGCUCCUCGUCUUCUCCAGAUAAACCCCCAAAUGAAGAGCAACCAGAACCGGAAACUCCCAAUUCGUAUCAGGAACCAAAUGCUGAGAAUCUUGUGUCGACCCCUGAAGCACAAUCCAGGACCAGGACGAUCCAGAAUGGCGAAUCGAGAAUCCCAAGAGGUAACCAUCGAAACCCAGAAAAAAUCGAAGAUAUAAUUUGUAGAAUGAUGGCAAAUAGGGCAUGGACGACCCGUUUACAGAACUCGAUCCGAAAUUUAGUUCCUGUUUUUGAUCAUAAUCUUGUUUACAAUGUAUUGCAUGGUGCUAGAAACCCGGAUCAUGCUUUACAAUUUUUCCGGUGGGUUGAGCGGUCGGGUUUGUUUAAACAUGAUCGAGAAACACACCAUAAGAUCAUUGAUAUUUUGGGCAAAGCUUCAAAGCUUAAUCAUGCUAGGUGCAUUUUGUUGGAUAUGCCUAAAAAGGGUCUUAAAUGGGAUGAGGAUUUGUUCAUUGUUUUGAUUGAUAGUUAUGGGAAAUCGGGCAUUGUUCAGGAAAGUGUGAAGAUUUUUAGGAGCAUGGAGGAAUUGGGUGUGCCAAGGACUAUAAAAUCGUAUAAUGUUUUGUUUAAGGUGAUAAUGAGGAGAGGGAGGUAUAUGAUGGCAAAAAGGUAUUUCAAUAAGAUGGUAAGUGAAGGUAUUGUCCCUAAUCGACACACUUAUAAUCUUAUGAUCUGGGGCUUUUUUCUUUCCUCAAGGGUUGAAACUGCAAAUAGGUUUUUUGAAGAUAUGAAAAGUCGAGAAAUUUCCCCUGAUGUUGUUACUUACAAUACAAUGCUCAAUGGGUUUAAUCGGGUUAAGAAGACAGAGGAGGCCGAGAAGUUAUUUGUGGAGAUGAAAGGAAGAAAUAUUGAACCAACCGUGAUAAGUUACACCACUAUGAUUAAGGGGUAUGUUACGGUUGGCAGAGUAGAUGAUGGGAUGAAGGUGUUUGAAGAGAUGAAAAGUUUUGGUAUUAAACCGAAUGCUUUUACAUAUUCGACUCUAUUGCCAGGGCUUUGUGAUGCUGGUAAGAUGCCCGAUGCAUACACCAUUGUGAAGGAAAUGGUCCAUCGUCAUAUUGCCCCAAAGGACAAUUCUAUCUUUUUACGGCUGAUUUCUGGUCAGUGUGAGGCUGGUAAUCUGGAUGGAGCUGCAGAGAUGCUUAAAUCUAUGAUACUUUUGAAUGUCACCCCAGAGGCUGGACAUUUUGGUGUUUUAAUUGAGAAUUUAUGCAAAUCUGGGGUCUACGAUCAAGCCGUUAAGUUGUUAGAUCAACUUAUAGAGCAAGGAAUCGUGUUGAACUCAAAGUGUACAUUGGAGUUGGAGUCAACUGCAUAUAACCCGAUGAUUGAAUAUCUCUGCAACAAUGGCAUGACUGGUAAAGCUGAAACUUUAUUUCGACAGUUGAUGAAAAUGGGGGUUUUGGAUCCAGUAGCUUUUAAUAGUCUAAUUCGUGGCCACUCAAAAGAAGGCUCUCCGGAUUCAGCUUUUGAACUUCUAAAAAUCAUGAUGCGGAGAAAUGUCCCAUCCGAAGAAAGUGCUUACAAGUUGCUUAUCGAGAGCUACUUGAGAAAAGGAGAGCCAUCUGAUGCCAAAACAGCUCUAGAUUCAAUGGUGGAAAACGGUCAUCAACCGGAUUCAUUGCUCUAUAGAUCAGUGAUGGAGAGCUUAUUUGAAGAUGGAAGGGUACAAACAGCUAGUCGGGUGAUGAAGAUCAUGGUCGAAAAGAGGGUGAAAGAGCACAUGGAUUUGGUUUCCAAAAUACUGGAAGCACUUCUAUUGAGGGGUCACGUUGAGGAAGCUCUAGGACGAAUUGACAUGUUGAUGAAUGCUGAAUUUCCGCCUGAUUUUGAUAGUUUGUUAUCUGUUGUGUGUGAGAAAGGAAAGACAAUCGCUGCUGUUAAGCUGUUAGAUUUUGUUUUAGAGAGAGACUAUAAUGUUGAAUUCUCUACCUAUGAUAAGGUGUUGGAUGCUCUUUUAGCUGCUGGAAAGACCCUUAAUGCUUAUUCGAUUCUAUGUAAAAUAAAAGAGAAAGGGGGUAUUACGGAUAAAAGUAGCAGUGAAGAGUUGAUCAAGAUUCUCAACGAACAGGGAAACACAAAACAAGCCGAUAUUUUAUCUAGGAUGAUCAUGGGUAAGGAAAAAGGUAUGGGAGGCAAGAAAUCCAAGAAACAAGCAUCAGUUGCGUCCUGACUUUCAUAGCUUUUUCUGUAAUUUCCAAGGAGCAGAAUUUUGUGGUUUAGUUAUGCACCUGAGAACCAGUUUUGCAUUGUUUUAUGGAGCCUGUUUUAAUCUUCUAUAGCCUCCAGCCAAAUGGUAAUUAAUGCAUCUUCCUGUGUUUCUCAUCUUAUUAAUCAAUGCCAUUUAUCGUUUCUUUCUGGGUUUUAAGUUCCAAGUGUUAACUAUUGUUUUGAGGUUGAAAAACUCAAUGCUCCAUGCUUCUUCAGAUUGUUGAUUCGUUGUAUCGCAUGCCUUAGUUUUUUGUUAUGAUUAUA